AUGGAGGAGGAAUUAGAGGAGCAGCCAGGAGAAGAUUCUCCUCACCAUGGCAUGACAUGUCUCAACAAGCACAGGGAUCCCAAGGGAAUCAAUAAGCACCUUAAGGUGAGCUUCGAGGAGGUGAUUGCGGAGCCGGCGUCUGUGCACAGCUUCGACAGGGUUUGGCUCUGGAGCCAUGUGCACUUCGAGGUGAGCAGGCUCUGGUUCUACCGGCUCUUCUCCCUGCUGCUGGCUGUCCCUGUUGCACUGGGGAAAGGCCUGCUCUUCGCCCUUCUCAGCUACCUGCACAUCUGGCUGAUAAUGCCCAGUGUGCAGCUGCUCCUGAUAAACAUGCACUGGAUGAGGGUGGCGUGGAGCAGUGUGCUGGACCUGCUCAUCGCUCCCUUCUUCAGCAGUCUGGGCUGA